UCGGUUUUUCACAACGACAUAAACUUUUUGUAUGUUGAAGUUAAACAUAACUUCAAUUAAUUUAUUGUAAUGGGGGUUAAAAAACCAUUUCGAAUCAUUUCAAAACGCGGCGAAAUUAACGUUAUUAAAAGAAACGUAGCUAAACUUAAACGAAAAUACAUUCAAGACCCUUUUAUAACCCUAAUUGACGUUAAAUGGCGUUGGACGCUUCUCGUAUUCGCUUUAAGCUUUUUAAUAUCAUGGUUGAUUUUUGGUGGAUUAUGGUACAGUAUUGUAACUCACCAUGGGGAUUUAAACGAUGAAAACUUGGAUAAUCCUCAUUGGGAACCAUGCAUAACAAACAUAUCAGAUUUUUACUCCUGCUUUUUAUUCAGUAUGGAAACCCAACAAACCAUCGGAUACGGAACAAGAAAACCAACAGAGAAAUGUCCAUUGGCCGUUUUAACAAUGUGCCUCCAAUGCAUUUUAGGAGUCACAAUUCAAGCGUUUAUGGUCGGAGUGGUUUUCGCGAAACUUUCAAAGCCCAAAAAGCGAACUAAAACGUUAUUAUUUUCAAAGAAUGCGGUGGUGUGCCACCGUGACGGAUUUCCGUGCUUGAUGUUUCGGGUCGGGGAUAUGCGAAGAACCCUCAUAACUCAAGCUCACGUUAAAGCCCAAAUCAUUCGGAAUCGGGUUACUUUAGAAGGCGAGAUUUUACCGUUUUCGCAAAAAGAAUUGAAAGUUUAUGCCGAUAAUGAAAGUGAGAAAAUGUUUCUUGUUUGGCCAAUGACGAUCAUUCAUAGAAUCGAUCAAGAUUCACCACUUUUUAAAUUUAGUGAUGAUGAUUUCAAAAGGGGGGAUUUUGAGAUUGUUGUUGCAUUAGGGGGUUGUGUUGAAACAACUGGGGUAACUAUUCAAGCAAGAUCAAGUUAUGUGCCAAAGGAAAUCCUUUGGGGCCAUUGUUUCGAGCAGGUUAUUAACUUUAAUUUUAUUAAGGGUGAGUAUGAGGUUGAUUACUCAUCUUUUGAUAAAACAAGAUGUGUUAAUAUACCAUCGUGUAGUGCGUUAGAGUUAGAAUUAAUUCAUGGAGAAUCUAAUUCUUCUAAUAACCCUUUAAUGUAUAAUUCUUUUAAUCAAAAUACAUAAUUUGGCAUUUAAACAAUAAACGUCAUUAACUGUA